CAAACCAGUUACGCGAACAGGGAAAGACGUCUUCGAGCGGAGCAACUCUAAUGGCCGAUAUCGUGUUCAAGGUCUCCCCCCAUGGCAGAGCAGUGUUCGACAAACUGGAAUCCGGAAUGGGGACUUCCGAGUCUACCGAACGAGGGACGAAUUUGGUUUCCGACAGCGACGAGUCGACUUGGAGGACUCUUGUGCUUCCCGCAAAGUAUGUACGCUAUAAACGUGUGUUAGAGGGUCGGAAGCUAACUGAUGAUUUGACACAAGAGGCUCUGGAGAAAAUGCUGAAGAGGUGGUCUAAAAAAAGACGAGGAGGUCGAAGUAGGCUUUUUAGCACACCUAUAGGCGGUGUACAGCCUGUUAAACUUGAAGGACUCAAAGCUAAGGGUGCUAAAGAAUAUGAUAUCAUCCUCUCUAUGUGCAAUUGGAUUGUUGAUGAGCACCAUAAAUACCGUGCAAGCACUUCAUCAUCAUUUUUCUGACUCAAAGCUAAGGCCUGAAAAGUGUUGCGAGUUUGCCAGCGUGGAUAAGGUGGGGUGUCAAUUUGCGGAAAAUGGUCAUUUCUAUUACCUUGAUUUUUUGGUCAAAGAUCUGGAGAAUGAUGGCAAUCCUUUAGUGCCUGUUGAGGCCGUCGUUUAUUGGAGAGUGCCUGAUGAUUUCAAAUUAUGGCAAUGUCAUGGGCUGAGAGCCUGCAAUAUGUAGUACCUCUCCAUGAGGGUGUUGGGAACAUCUGCUGCUGCUGCUGCGAGUGUGCAUUUGGAGUAAUAACGAAUUAUAUGUAGCCAGAAGACUAUAUUUUGUGGAGUAUGCAAGUGUGUUACUGUAUUAUAUGCAUGAACAGCUCAAAACUUGUGAUGAAACUUUUAAUUGGAUUAGCUCUCUAGUUUUUGUACUCAAAGUUCUUAAAACUUGAUAUACUUUUCUGGAUUAGCGCUCUAGUUUUUGUACUCAAAGAUCUUAAAACUUGAUAGGGAAAACUAUCAAAUAAGCC